AUCCUAUCUUUUCCGGUUUUCUCUGUCAAUUUCGCAUAUAAAACGAUUCAAGUUUACGUCUUUGUUAAGAAAAAAAAAAACAUAAAACCAUGAGAAACCUCAUAAAUUUCGCUGUUCUUAUCAUGACCAUCUUCAUCGUUUCAGCCUCAGGUGCGAGAGAGACGAGAAUGAUGGAACAAACUUGCCCCGUUUUCUGGCCAAUGGUUCCAUGCGAUGCUAACAAAUGCGAACAAAUGUGUCGCGAUUAUUACGGUUCUGUUCCCUCUUACUGUAAUAGAAUCGGAACUCCAAUUGCUGAAUGCGCCUGUAGUCUUACACCAUGUUAAUGACCCAAAGGCUUUUUCAAGGAUAUUUUAAGCUUAGUCACUUUUUAUCUUUGUGUAUAAAUUUAUGUACACAAAAAUAUGCAACAACCGUUACAUAGUAAGAAAGGCAAUGCGUUACAACUUACAAGAUGACGCAAUUAUAAAUGGUUAUGAAAAAUAAUCAUGGAAGCUAGUGUUGUUUUUAUAUUUAAAUUUUACUGUUGUUUUCUAAAGAGUGUGACUAAAUGAUCAAUGCAAUAUUUAC